GCUCAACAAGUACCUGUAUACCUUCAAUGUGACGCUACAUGCUUCACCACAGCUGUAAAGGUUAUUGUCUAACCCAGCUCAGACUGUGAGGCUUGACGUGUCGACUGCAGUCAUUGGGCCAUCGAUUUGCCGCGGAAUUCCGGCGAAGCAGACGAUAACAAUUUCAGGUUGGGGGUUUGUGUCAGGGAAACCGUAAGCAUGGCCGACGAGACACCGCCAGAGGACCAUACAUUAUGGAGCACCGUUUCGUGGCUCAGAACGAGACGAGACGCUAUUCCGGCAAUUCCCCCGUCAAGGCCACAGUUACCAGACUUUAGCGCCAUGAUGUCAGACGCACCGACAACCGGGGACACCGCCGAUAGUGCCAAGCUUGAAGAGAAGCUGAAACAGUUUGAAAAGGAGGAGAUGGAGAGAAAAGAGCGAAACCAGGCGCUGCAAGAACAACAGGAGCAAAAUGAGGAAGUUUCAUGUCCAAACAGAUUUCGGGAUAAGAGGAGGAAGAAUAUUAUAUUUGACGAAGAGAGAUUUGAGGACACCUUCCUCAAAUGUCUUAUCUGUCGAGAGAAUUUUGACAUGGAUGAAAAGAUGCCCAAAAUGCUUCCUUGUCACCACACAUUUUGCCUGGAUUGUCUGCGUCAGAUGUGGCGAGUGGAAGGGGAGUUUCGACAGACCUUAACAUCAGCCUUCAGAGGUAUGCCAAUGGCGGUGAAGAUUCAGUGUCCAACUUGCAGAGACGGCCUGAUCACGUCAGAAGCUGAAGUGAAGCGUCUCCCAAAUGAUCACACCAUCAUGGAACUACUGGCCUUCAUGAAGGAAACAGGCCGAAGUGAUGUUCAAUACUGCUCUAAGCAUCAAAUGCAGCCACUCAACUUCUUCUGUGAGCCUUGUAUUAUCCCUGUGUGUUGUGACUGUACCGUGAUCGACCACAAAGAGUCCAAAGGACAUAUUGUCGUCAAUGUAAACGAAGCCAUGGAUAAAUAUACGCCAAUCCUGGAGAGUACCAUGGAAGAAAUACAGACUGAGAAAGGUUCUCUCGAAACCAAGAAGGAAACAUUAAUGAAGAGCGCGGAGAAACUUGACUCGACACAAAAGGAUGUCAACGAUAAGAUCAAGGAUGCGUUUAUUCGUCUCCGUGAAACGAUUGAUGAGCGUGAACGAGAGCUGUACGAGAUGACAGAAAGAGAAGUUGGGAGGAAGAGGGAGAAGCUACAAGAGAACAUGAAGGUUGUUAUAGAACGAGACGAGACUCUGAAGAAUCAACUCAAAUCUCUAUCUAAUGCCAAGGAAGAGAAGGAUAUAAGCUGCAUGUUUUCAGGUCACAAGGCAGCGAGAGAUGUGCUGUCUCAGAAGGUCGAAGUUGUGAUUGAUUCGAUGGACAAUUUUGCGGUGGAGUUCAGCUGUGAUGACCGCCAAGAAAGGAACAUUCGACAAGAGGUGACCAAUCUUGCGGAUAUUGUGUUUCAAGAUUAACCCGUGGACUUAAACCAGACCAGGUGCUCUAAUACGCAAGUGACAGUUGUUUGUACAGAAGUGGUAGGCUGUGUUAAUUCACAUAGUAUUCGGGAAACUCUAAACGUUGAGGACAGAUGUACGUCUCCUCUCUUUUCGAGCAUUUUGAGAGAAAGGCAAUGCUAGUUUAAUUUGUCAUAAAGUGUUCCGAAGACUGUUACAAGGGCUUGAGAACAUUACGAAUUAAAAACCGUAAAUAUGUAAAUGUUAGAGUUGGCAAUAUGUUACUGUCUCUUACCGAGGAAACCACAUAAAUAUUCAUUUCAGAAGCUGCCAUCGACGGCAUAGGAAAUAUUUCAAUCACUAUCAAAACCAUUUUCCCGUUCACAUUGAUGUAUUCUUCUACUAAUUCAACUUUUGGUUUGAAUAAUAUGAUGAGCAGGUGAAGUAUGUUUGCCUUAUUGCCUAUCAAUUUACCUCAUUUAGUAGAAUUGUUCGAUAAAAAUAUGUGUGCUAAAUACUGUAAAUUCUUGCCGUAGGAUAGUCUUUGUUUUAACAGUCAUCAGGAAACAUCAUUCAAUAAUUUCAAUAACUUGUUAAUUCAGAUAUGUUAUUGUAUAGUUUAUAUCGUUUCAGUCACUCUUAUGUUUAUUUACCGUGUACAGCUAUCUUGAACUUUCCUCCUCCAUCUCACACUCUAUGUGACUGUCCUAUAUGUGCUCUGUAUACAUUGCUCAGAGGAGUCUCAUUGUUUUAUCAGCAUCUGUUUUAUGUAUUGUUGCAUAAGAAUAUUUUUCAAGCGUUAGCUUACUGGUUUCUUAAAUUUGUUAAUUUGUUCAGAUUUUGUUUCAGUGUCACACUAGUGAGUUGUUUUACGUCGCGUCGGCGUUGUGUAAGUCAUAUAGCGAUGUCAUUUUAGUGUUAUCGGAAGUAAACAUAUUUUGUCAGAUUUCCAACACAUGGCAUUUUAUAAUAGAGCUAGUGGGAGUAAAAUGUGUAUGUGAUAACAACAUUGCAUCUAGUGAGCAGGUAUUUUGCUUCAACGGUAACAAAGAUUCCACAUAAUUCAUACCAUUUCCGUGUGAUGUUAUUGUGAGCUCAUUCGUAGCGGGUUUAAGGCAAUAGGAGUCAUCCGUUCAUUCCACACGCUAAAAAUGGCUCGAACAGAACAAUUGGUCGGCAUGUUUAUUCAUAUGUUUUAAAACUCAAUAUUAAGCUUUGAUUGUUGUGUACUUUCAGGAUUAAUGUUACGCAUAAAGAAGGUAUUUAUUUAUUAAAAUCAAUUUUCGUCGGGUGAUAGUUCUAAGACAUACAUAUCUGCUAUGUAACAGCAGUAUAUCAGCUUAAAUCACCACUUAGGAUACAGAAUGUAAGGUUUAAUAAGGAUAAUGCUGAUGCAGCUUUGUAUUAUAUAUUAUAUAUUGCCGCUAUUUCUGUGAUCUCGAGCCAGUUUUGAGGAUGUUUUACAUUCUGUUUGGUAUAUACGACCUAUAUGUACAUUUAUAUAAGUAUUGUACUCAUCGCUGUUUGAGUACUGAAAUAAAAUUAUAAAACACAA